AUGGUUUGUGUCUUGAUGAUCCAUACUUUCAAGUUGGAUGUUGUAGUGGGACGGUUGUAUGUGAAGCUGUAUUCAGCUUGUCGCGGCACUCCUGAGUGUUAUCGUGACAGAUCGCUGGUUUUUGGUGUUGGUAAUUUUUGUAAACUACUAACCACAAGCCUACCGGCGGUUCACGUGGGUGUGUCUCACGCUUGA